AUGGGUCAGGCGCAGACCUCCUUGGAAGUUGCUCCGGCCGCCGCUGCCAUUCCACCGAGCCCACCCUCAAACCCAGACCCGGCGACGUCGACGUGGGAACAAGAGCGGUAUCAUAGACAGUUACGGAAACGGCUUGAGAGACUUGAGAGAAAGUCUGUCUCGAAUAAUACUCAACGUGAAUUGGGAAACGUGCCGCCGCCGCCGCAGAGUUCGACAGCGGAGAUCCCGGUGGACGUGUCAAAGUCUGCUUCCGACGCCGAAACGGACGAGGACGACGAUAACGAGGACGAAGAAGAAGACGGAAGCAGCGACGACGCGGUUGAAGGUAGCAGUGUCCCGGCUGUGUUCGACGCUGCUCCGGCAGCUAUUGUGACAUUGAAAGAGCAGCCUCUGAAGAACGGUGAAGGAGACGUCAAACAGAAGCCAUACAUGCUGCAAAAUCCACGCAAUCCGCCGUCAAAGCCAUUCCUCCUACCCGACACAGGCCCCACAUCAUCACACCACAUCGGCCUCCGAUCCUUCUCCCCCGCAUUCCACCACCAACGAACAACCGUAAACCCAUCCCUCAGAGUCGACCAAACCACAUCCGCUGCUGCGGCAGAAGCCGCCGACAUACCCACAUCCACCGAUCGACCCACUAUGUCCAAUGGGUCCCGACAACCACUACCAUGGGAUGACCCGAAUGUCGUACAGGUGGAGUAUAGAACGAUCUUCACGCCGCCCCAGCGUGGAUCAGGAGGGAAACAGGGUGUGGAUCCGGGGAGUCCGACGGCGGAAGACAAGGCGGUACAGGCUGCAUAUGAGGCAAAGCAGGCAGCGAGACUCUCUCCGUCGAAACAGGGUGUGGAUCCGGGGAGUUCGACGGCGGAAGCGAAGGCACUGCACGCUGCAUACGACGCGAAGCCGGCAGCGAACCUCUCUCCGACAAAACCUCAUAUACCCUCCGCGAAACCGGCGGCUGUGGCGAAUACCCCCCCUGCAGGCCCAGCUGGGACUCGUCCAUCUACGUUCAUCGCACCGUUUGAAUUCGCGGCAUUCCCGACGAGACCGGGUGCGGAAGGUGUCCCACUCCCACAGUCUUCCGGCGUUCCAGUCUACACACCCCCGCCAUUCACCACCUCUGAAAAACAAGCAAUGCCGCCGCCCAGGAUACCACCAUCUACCGGCCCGGUGGCGCCGUCCACGCUGCGGAGAUCCCCAGUAGUCGACUUCAAAAAACAUAUCAAUAACGGUAAUGGAGCCGGUCCUUCGUCAACGACGUCGCAAACCGGAUAUGGGACGCCUAUCCCGGGGUCGACGCCACUGCCGUGGCCUAUGUUUAAUUUCCAGUUUGAGUUUACGCACACGCAGUCGCCGAUGCCCGGGCGGAUUGGGAAGCCGGGGAAUACGGGUGGGGCUGCGACGACGGCGGAGACUGGGAAGGGGAAGAUUGGUCAACAUCCAGCGUCCUCCAGACCGUCACAGUUCACUUUCACCCCACCGCCGCCGAUGACGGGGCCCUAUACCACUUCAGCAGAUACACCACUGGGAAAACCACCCAAGGUCAACCUCUUCCCCGUGACCUUGGCCACCUCCACACCGACUUCCGCACCUACCCAACAGCCACCCCAACCCUUCUACCUCCCAACCUUCCCAACCCUCAGCAAACCCGCUUCUACCAGCAGGGAGUCCCAACCGCCCCUACACGCCCCGGCCUCGACAGCGUUCGCUUCAGUAUUCCCGCCCUCCGUCAUACCCACCUCCAUCCCCCCACCGCCGACCCUCGCCAACCCCAUGUCGGUGCCGCACAUGACCUACCAACCCAUGUUCCCCCCAUCGACCAUCCCGGCCACCCCACACCACCGCCCAAUCAAAAUCCUCCCCAAAAAGAAACUCCGCCACGGCGUCAGUCUCUCCCCCCGGAAGCCCCGUAACGUCAGCGCAUCACGCGAUAUCCUCGGCAGGGAGACCCUCCACCUCGCCGGGAUGGACAUCCCGAAAGCCCAAUUCGAAGCGUGGGUUACGGGGCACGGUGAUCAGGUCCCGGAGCUGGACACGGAUCCAGGGAAGGAGAGGGAGGUGUGUGAUGCGUACUUGGCCAUGUAUGGCACGGAUGGGCCGGUUGACUCUGCUUCCGCCACACAGCAGGAGCCGGCGAAUCAGGCGUUUGGGAUCCCUCCGAUGGAUACUGGACUGAGCUUCACUGAUAUGUGCGCCAUGAACCCCGCCCCCAGCGCGGCGCGGGUGUUCUUCAACAAAAACAAGAAACGCGCGCUACCUGGCACCGCGGCGACGUUUGAUGAGGGUAGCACCGCGGAUCAGAGUCCUAUGUCGUUUCUUGGAACCAACCUGCAGAACUCUGAGAAUACCGCGUUCGUGACAUCCGACGGGGGGAUCAAACCCACCCCUGGGGCCUUCUCCCAAUGGCAUGCGACAUCAGCGUCAACAAACCAACAGCCGUACUUCACACUUCCGUCGACGACGGCACUCGGGCUCGGUGGGAUGAGCUACUCGACCGAUUUCAACAACAGCGGUAACAAUAAUGGGUUCGGCCUCUCACGUCCACUCCUUUCCACAACACCCACCGGUCUCUUUCCCCCCUGGGACCCUCACAACCCGACCAACCUCCCCACCCACAACUUCACAAUCCCACCCCCACUCCCCCUGCUCAUCCCCGACCUCCGCGAAACGUCCGACACAGGGCGGACGUGGCCUACACUCGCGGACAGUCUUGGGGCCGAUUGGCUGGUGUUGGAUUUCCAUGUGGAUGGCAAACAGGGGAAAGGGGACAGUAGGUUGAGGAAGAGGGCGAGGGGGGUGUUGAGGAAGGGGCUUGUGAGUGUUUGUCAGCCGAAGGUCGUAUCCUCCGCGCCGCCGACGACGUUCAACACCACCACUACCCCGAAUUUUGGACAUUUCCCGCCGUACCCGCCAACCCAAUUCGGCCAAUACCCCAACCUCAUGAAUACCGGCGGCCUGGGAUACCUGAACAACCCGUCGUCGUACCCUUACCCGAACCCAUACACCUACCAACCGAACCCGAACCCGAACCCGCCGCGACCGAUGCACACCGCGGGCCGCGCCCCUGCCUCCCGCAUGGGGGGCGGCGGUGUUGGCGCGACGGGAGGGAUGGCGGCCGCCCCGCCAUCGCUGGCGUUUGGGGACGUGCCGUAUUUGUUUGGGGGUGCCGGUGGGGUGACGAGGGUGACGGGGCUGAGUGGCAACUUUGACAACAUCAACAACAGUAACGGCGGGAAGGGAAAGAAUGGUGUUGGUGUCAAGGAGGGCGCGGAGGUCAAGAAAGCUGUGAAUGGCGAUGCUGCGGGCGAGAAAUCGAAAAGCGGGGCCGUUCUCAGUGGUACGACUGCCGCGAAACCAGUCACGAACGGGGCUGCAGCCCUGCAACAACAGCAGCAGCUGCCCCCUACAUACCCACCCACAACAACCCAACAACCCGCUGGGAAAGUGAACAAUAAGAAGAAGAAUAAGAAGAAUAAGAAGAAGAAGAAUGAUGGAGGUGAUGGGGAGGCGGGGAAUGGUGCCCCGGUGGUACCUCCGGUUCCUGCGAAUGGAACGGCGGCUGCACCUCCUGCACCGGCCCCGGCCCCGGCUCCUCCACCUGCGCCGACCACGAUUGCAGUGAAAUUGCCUGCGAGACGGGGCGGCGGGGUGAAGACUCUGGAUGUUAAAGAUCAGGCGAAAUCGACAACACCAGUUGGACCGAAACAGAACGCGAAGGAAUCCAAAGAAGCGAAAAGCGGAAAAGGCGGAAAAGAGGUAGCGAAGGAGACAACCCAAACCCACACCUUCACCCUCCCCCUCUUCGGCCCCCGCUACCGCCGCGCCCGCUACGUCAAAGACCUGCGCGAACGCCACGACCGCGUGCGCAGGAACAUCGCCGCAGCCCAUCCCGCCGAAACCCAGAACGCUCCACCCAACCCCGCAUCGUCCACAACACCCUCACCCACCAAAUCCAAAGGGCAGCGCAAACCGUCCCCCGCGGGGGGCGCUUCGUCAUCCUCGUUGCCGUUCUCCCUCGCGCUGGCCGACGCGAACGGGGGUGCGGCGAACGCGGACUGGGUAUGUUUCUUCUGUGAGUUUGAGCAGGUUUGGGAGGGACGCUUUUGGGGCGGGAAGCCGGGGAAGGCCCGCAAGAGACGGGUUAAGAGGGAUGGGGAGAAGGAGGGGGAGGGGGAUCAGGGGAGGGCUGCGCAGUGA